AUGGAUUAGAUCGAAUAUGUGAAUCUUGAAAAGAAGCCAUAGACUAAUAAAAAUAAUUAAAGAGGAAGAUAAAAUAAUAGACCAAACAAAAAUGAUAGAAAUAGAAGAAACCAAAGAGAUAAUAAACCAUUCAAGAAUUAAAGAAAGCAAUGGAGAAACAAGGAUUAAUAGAGAUAAAAACGUCCAUUUCAAUCUGAGAAUAGGAUUGUGGCAACUGGCCAAAAGAGAAGACAAUUAUAAUAAAGAAAAUUUACUUAAAGACCUAAAGCCCCCAGAAAUAUUUAACCAAAUGUCAUCAUAAAAGGAUUGGAUCCAAAAAUGACAGAAGCUGGUUUACAAGAAGCAUGCAAAGAUUUUGGCCCAAUGAAUAUGUGUAAAUUGGACAGAGAUAACUUUGGAUAAGUGAAGCCAGAAGGAAUUGGAUUAGUUAGAUUCACAAGAGUAGAAGAUGCCAAGGCUUGUGUCGAAAAGCUGGAUGGUGUUACUGUGUAAAUCAUUGGGGAGAACAACAAUGAAAAAGUAAUAUCUGCAACCUUCGUUGAUGAUUAAGAAUAAGUUGACGAUAAUAGGAAUAGAGGUGUAUUGAACAUUACUAAGAGAUCAAUAAAUAAAAGAAACUGGAGAAGAUGAAUUUGAAUAAACACAAAUAUGUUAUUUUAAACAAUUCAAAAAUCAAUCAUUUAGAUUUAUUAAUAAAUAACUCAUAACAUUUUGAUAAUAGAUUAUGGAUAAAUCCUGAAAACAAUUUAUAAUUUAGGAAAUAAAAAUACUCCAAUUAUCGGGGAGUUCAACUUAUUUCUAUAUAUUCGAGGCCUAUUCAUAAUCUACUCUCUCACAUUGUCCUGGUUUCAAAUACUUUUUCUUAAUAGUCAAUUAUUAAAAUAGCCUCAUUUUUGAAUGAAUAUUAGAUUUUUUAAAUAUUUAUUUCGAUA